AUGUCUAAAGCAAUAACACAGAAUCGAAACGAAUCAGAAUUGAACGGUAAACGAGACGAAACUAGCAGAUCUACAGAAGAAUUAAACAGCAUAGAGGGAGAUCUAAACCUAACUGAAUCCGAAUUCAACCAGAACAAUUCGCUUAUUAAUCUCACGAAGCCAUCAAGUGAUAGCGAACUAAUUGAGAGCAGCAUUUUAAUGAUAGCCAAUGGUAAUUUGAAAUGGCAAAAGAAUUUCGAAGAGCUUCGUCUAGCUGUUGACCGACUACAACUACAAUCUAGUAAAGGGUGA